CCAGGAGUUCAAUACCCAGGUGGCUCUGUACCGGGAGCUGGUCAUUUCCAUUGGGGAUGUCUCAGUCACCUGUCCAUCUCUACAUGCUGAAAUGCACAAGACUCGAACCCGAGGAUGUGAGAUGGCCUGUCAGGCUCAUCAAAAACUAGCAGCAAUUUCUGGCCCAGAAGAUGGUGAAAUUCAUCCUGAAAUCUGUAGAUUAUACAUCCAGUUGCAGUGUUGCUUAGAAAUGUACACAACAGAAAUGCUUAAGUCCAUAUGUCUGCUAGGAUCCCUUCAGUUUCAUCGGAAAGGAAAAGAGCCUUGUGCCCCGCACAAGAUCCUAGACACUAAAGUGGAGGAGAGUUCUGAAGUACCUAUUUUAGAAGACACGUCAUCAUCCCCAACAGAUAUUCAACAGCAUUUAUGGCAGGUUUCCACAGAUAUUGAGAACACUGAAAGAUAUGAGAGAAAUGAAAAACCUUUUAAGCAAACUCAGGGAGACUAUGCCUUUACCACUGAAAAAUCAAGGUAG